AUGGACAGAUGUCUUCUGGUUUUCAUAAUUUGUUCUUCAAUCUCGCCAAGUUUUCAUCAAGCUCUCAAAGUCUGUGAUUACUUAAAAAUGAUAGGAAGGACAAGCUCGGACUGUUCGCUUGAGAAUGAUUCCGAUAAUAGCACACUGAGCCCUUUAGCAUCCAUUAUAUCAAGUAUAGAAAAAGACGAGAACAGAAGACAACUAUCUUUGAACAAAAUCCAACAGCGUCCAGAGAGAUUUUUCAACUUUGAAGUAUGCAUGGGACCGGAGUAUAAUGAUUGUCGUUUCGAGAAGAUGUGCUCUUCUAAGUACAGUUGCCUUAAAUCAGGAACAGGAACUCGAUGCUGUUUGAAGCCGUCAACAAAUCAUAUUCAACCUAAACAGGUUUACAAAUGUCCAUCCACUAUUGAGAUGGGGUAUGUAUGCUUACCAUGGAGAUUAAAACUUAAAACGACUAGCUGGUGCUACACUAAUAAUGAUUGCGCCAAAACAUCACCACAGCUUUGUUGUGAUACAGGCUGCGGUUUUAAUGUUUGCUUACAAAUGAAUGGUCUUAUUGUGGACAACGGCAAGUAA